GUGACAUUUGAGAAACGCGGAGUGUGUGCUGUGUGUGUAAAAAAAAAGUCAGAUCCUUCGGAAGGUGCCGCGAUUUUCAAUGAACAGGAAAAAAGUCUAUCUCUAACCCAGUGCUUCUCUCUCCAAGUAUUCCCGGUGGAUCUUAUUCCAUGUUACUGCUGGAUCUCUGGUUGGGUAAUUGGGAAGGCUGCAGAAAAUGAUGUCUUUUAUCUUGAUGGAACACGGGCCAACCUGUUGAUGCUAAAUGGACGACCUUGGCUUUGAUACAAUGGAGGAGGCGUUAUCUAACUUUUCAGAUUUGACGGGUAGUUUGACUGCUGGCAUUAACAAAACCUGCACCUUAAACAAGGGCUUCCAGUUUUAUUAUCUGCCCAUCAUGUACAUUAUAGUAUUUGUCACCGGAUUCAUCGGCAACAGUGUUGCCCUCUGGAUGUUCAUAUUUCACAUGAGACCUUGGAGUAGCAUCACCAUCUACAUGUUCAACCUCGCUCUGGCUGACCUCUUCUACGUCUUCUCCCUGCCCAUUCUAAUCUUCUACUAUUUCAACAAAACCGACUGGAUCUUCGGUGAGGUCCUGUGCAAACUGCAGCGGUUUAUAUUCCAUGUGAACUUGUACGGCAGCAUCUUGUUCCUGACCUGCAUCAGCGUCCACAGGUACACGGGGGUUGUCCACCCCAUGAGGUCACUUGGCAGGCUGAAGAAGAAGUCAGCCACCAUUGUCUGCGUGUGUGUGUGGAUUGCCGUAAUGGCCGGCAUCUCCCCGAUAUUGUUCUUCUCCAGAACUGGGCUGAGAAGGAAUAAAACCAACACGUGUUAUGACACGACAUCUAAGGAACUCUUGCACACGUACUUCAUCUACAGUAUGGGUACUACCUUCUUUGGAUUCUGUAUCCCUUUCGCCACCAUCUUGGUCUGUUAUGGUUUCAUCGUGAAGGCGCUGAUAUCAAACGACAUGAGGACUCCUCUCCGGGGCAAGUCCGUACGUCUGGUCAUCAUUGUGUUGGCCGUCUUCGCUAUCUCCUACCUGCCUUUCCACGUGAUGAAGAACCUGAACCUUCAGUCCAGACUUUAUUACCAAGGGAUAGACACGUGCGAGUGGAACAGAAGGGUCUACGCCAUGUAUCAAGUGACCAGGGGUCUCGCCAGUCUCAACAGUUGUGUGGACCCCAUCCUGUACUUUCUGGCUGGUGACACCUUCAGGAGAAGGUUCACCACCGCUGCCACUAGGUUCAUGUCUAGACGAGGUGAGCUCUCCCUGCCAUUCAGGAGUGAAGAUAGCCCACUGCAGGCUGUGUCAAAUAUUUCACAAAACGGAGACACUUCACUGUGAACUUGUACUUAGGCAGUGAAUUGUGUGACUUUCUGUAGGUUCGGAAGAUGCAGCCUGACCUGCUGAGUGCUUCCAGCUUCUUCAGUUUUUGUUUCAGAUUUCCGGCAUCCGCAGGACUUUUGAUUUUCACUUGCAAGAACAAAGUCCGAUGAAACGGGAGUAUUGCAAGGAUCAAGCCCACAAGUAUCCUGGGAGUUAACCUGGCGUUGUUCGAAUGCCCUUGUGAAAAAUUACAAGCCAAUGGCUGAAGGUGUUCAUUUUGCCAAAUUAUCCAGUACAGCCCUUCUGUACCUGACUGACGUGAAAUUGAGUCCUGGAUCCAGACUUCGCUGAACCGAGAAGAGACUUCAGACUUUGUCACUUUUGUUUGAUUUAUUAAAAUAGUCCAGUUACAAAACAUAAAGAGUCCCGAAAUGUCUACUGCUCAUUUCCUUCUAUAGAUGCUGCCAGACCUGCUGUGUUCCUCCAGCAUUUUGUGUGUGUUGCUCCAGAUUUCAGCAUCUGCAGUUUCUCUUGUGUCAAACAUGGAGUCAUAGAGUUAUACAGCAUGGAAACAGGCCCUUCGGUCUGACUGGUCCAUGCCAACCAAGAUGCCCAUCCAAGUUAGUCCCAUUUGCCAGCGUUUGGCCCAUAACCUUCCAGACCUUUCCAAUCCAUGUACCUGUCCAACUGUUGUGAAAAGU